AUGUCACGACCGUACAACGAUUGCGAAGAUCGCAGCCCAGGCUGUACUAGGAACACUGCCGAGGUUUGGUACUGUGUGGAUUGUGCUAGUGAGUUCUGCGAGCCUUGUUGGCAGCAAUUUUUGGCGCAUCGCGGUGGGAGAACAGGCAGAGACGGAUCACACGAGAAGGUAGAGUAUCAUGUGUAUGAAAAACUCAAGAACAUACUAGAGCCAAGGUACACCAAAGACGACGUAGAAAAACUCCACGAGGAUGACCUGGCCACUACCUGGUUCGGUACGAUUCGUACCCAAAGAAGAGCUCAGAUCACCACUGACAUUAUCGAAGGUAUAAAAAGGGAUGGUGAUACCGAACGACAUGACAGUUUGACGAGAAGAGACGGCCAGUCGGACCGUCAGCAAUUCCUCGACUAUGAUGUGUAUUCAGCUUUGUUAGGCAGUCCGCUCAAAAGCGGUAAAGAAAAGUAUCCGCGACUGGUUUCUUUCAUUGGUCAAACGAAUGCCGGGAAAAGUACACUGAUCAAGAUGCUCAUUCAACUACGAGGGGCCGGCAAUCUAGCGAAUCAGUAUCCUUCUCCCAUCGUUGGCUUGAGGCGUCUAGAGCCACAAGCUGGGAAUGAGAGACCUGGUAAUGAUCCAGUCGAGCACAUUCCAACAUCCGCCGAUGUACAUUUGUACGCAGAUCCCAUGAGCGUCAGCUCACGAACACCUCUGUUGUACGCAGAUUGUGAAGGCUUGGAGGGGGGAGAGAACCCACCAACUGGUGCCCAAGAAAACCGCAGGGCCCGGUCGAAUCCUGAUUGGCUCUCUGCGCGGCUGACUCCUGGCCGCAUACGAUCAUUGGCAUGGGCCACUGCAGGUACCGAAAGAGCAAAAAGAAGCUAUAUCGUGAAAGAGUUGUACCCGCGCAUCCUUUAUACUCUCUCAGAUGUGGUAGUCUUUGUUAUGCAGAGCACAAAUUCCAAAACGUUCGAAGUAUCAACCCUGCAGCCCUUAUUGCAAUGGGCUGACGCAUCCUUGGAGACAUCUGUCAACCAGCCGACGCUUCCCCAUGCGAUUAUUGCACUGAACGAAUGUGAACCAAGUGUCGAGCCAAAUGAAUGGGACAGUAUAUCGGCAACGAACAGCUUGUUGGCAGCCAACAAACACUGUAUCGACCCUAGACAUGGGCAUCCCUUCUUUAUCGGUCUGGCCGAGAGCUGGAGAGGAAAAGGACGACGCAUUAGAUCCAUCCUUGAUUUGAUACUUUGCUAUUACUCCACGUUUCAGGUUAUACGCAUACCACGCGGAGGUAGAUACCAGCUAUUACACGACCAAGUAAAUAGCUUCUACCAGGUGAUCACGGCUUCGUGCGAAAAGUCCUUCAAUUCCCGGAAGCGAGCGAACAUGCUCUUCAGAUCUUUUGAGCUGGACGUGCAUUUCCAAGCAGUAUUCAGUCAUUUCUCACGUACACUGACCAUGCCUUUCGACUUCAUUGCCAUGUCCCUACUCACCAAUCCGAUACCCAAUGACUUUGGUGGUCAUAUGCUCCAACUCGCACUUGCCAUACAGGCUCACGAUAAGGAAUCCAAAAGUGCUCAUGAGAGGACGCGCAAAGCUACUUCCAUCUUUGAUCGCAUGUCUAGACUUGUAGCUUGCAGCAUUUCUCUCGAUUGCGUCCGUCAUCGAAAAGGCUCUGCUCUGGAUCACUUUGUUUAUUACAUGAACUACUGCGAGUUCUCAGUGGAGACCUUUUGGAGCCAACAUCUCACUUGCGAAUUUCGCAACGGUUCGUAUCGAUGCGUAAACGUUGGCGCUAACCAUGAUCCGAAGGGGCACCAGAACGCCAAAGGCAAAGUAAUACCAGGCGAUUUCGAGUCCAGCUUUCAACCGGAAAUUUAUCUUCCAAUCUGGAAGAACGCAAUUCGAUCGCAGAUGCGCGACAUCGAUCUCGAACUUGAGAAUGCCUCACGACGAGCUCCAAGCUACUCCAGGGAAGCCUACAUGAUGCAGGUUCAUCACGACACCAUGAUCGCGUUUUAUGAUACUGUGGGCUCAGCUGCUGGAAUCUUGAGUCAUGCAACAUGCUUCUGCUGUCUUAUGCAAUCACCUGAGCACGCCCUCCGUUGUGGUCAUGUGCUCUGCACACAAGGUGGCAUGCGCGGGAUCGUUGAGAUCGAAGUGCUACGAACCCUACAACAACAGAUUGGUGACCGAAUACCUGUUCAGGCAUUCUUCGACCUAAUUAUGGGAACAAGCACUGGUGGCAUCAUUGCACUAGCAAUGGUGGCCAAAAAUUGGAGCUUGAGGCGUUGUUCCGAUAAGUUUAGAAGGCUGUGUAGUACCGCCUUCACACCACGGAAGCUACAAAGCAUUCCUUUUUUGAAGCACCUGAUAACUCUGAAGCUCACUUCGAAGUACUCGACAGGCCCUUUCAGAGAGACGCUGGUACAAAACUUUGGGGAAGAUCAUCUUUUUGGCAACUAUGGAGAGCGAAGUUCCUAUCUCAACACGAAGGUCGCCGUGACAACCACAGACAAAACCGGGUCGAAAGCAAUUAUCAUUGCAAACUAUAGCCGAAAGGAGGGUGAUCACAACAAAUUGCGUCCCGCGGAGUAUGAAUUCUUGAGACCUGACCGGCGCGAGUUCGGCCUUUCGAUCGCAGACGCCGCAGCUGCCACAUCAGCUGCGCCGAGCUUUUUCAAGCCAUUUGAGCACGCUGACACUCAUCGGACAUACUUGGAUGGUGCAAUAUACCACAACAAUCCCGUUCGGCUCAUGAACCAUGAGAGAAAACUGCUGUGGCCCGAUGUUGCUGAUCAUGCGCCCGAUCUCUUUCUGUCCAUAGGUACAAGUCAAAACAAGGCAGACUUGCGAGUCGAUCAACCCGAUUCGACAGCAGUACCUCCCGAAUCAAGGCACAAAAAUCUCAUGGAUAACAUUCUCGACGCCGAGAAAGCGUGGGAGCAAUUUCGAUCCGACGUGGCUCCGACGAGCGAUGAUGCAUCACGAUACGUACGCAUCAACCCAGAUAUUGGACGUCAGCCGCCAAAGCUGGACGAAGUAAAAAAGAUUGGAGAGUUGAUUCGAGAUGCUCGCAAAGCACUGAAAACACCAGAAAGCCGUACUCAGAUUGCAAGGCUUGCACACAUACUUGUGGCUAGUACUUUCUAUUUUGAACUACGUAAUGGACCUGUGUCGAAUAGUGAUGGAACUUUCUCUUGCGCAGGUCACAUUUGCUGUAGGUUCGAGGACGAUUCUCCUUACCUCCCAGGCCUGGGUGAGUUCUUCGCAAAACGGCAGACUGUUACUUUCCAAUCUUAUUUCGAAAUUGAGUUCGACCUGGACGGUCCUCGUACUCAUCAGAUCCCUCUGUCGUUGGAAAUAAUUUCUGAUAUGCGACAAUUGGCCUCGUUUCGAAUGCCUGCUCCUGCUAUACGAACGAGGAGUAAGGACUCGGAAAUCAACAUCUCGCUGCACAUUCGAAGCCGCGAUCUGACCCCCACUAAAUACCACAUAAGUGGAUUCCCGCGGGCAGUCAUGAAAGAUAAUGAACCCAAAAGCUCGGAUAGCACGAUUUCGCUGAGUGCAAGGAGGGAUUCGACUCGCGAGCCUCUGGAAUUACCCACUUCGGGCAGCAUGCCGGAGUUGGAUGCUUCACCGGGACGACCCGCAGCUGUCUACAGAGGUGUCUCAGAACAAACUACUUUGGUCGGCAUUGAGCAGGCAUUGACUGACAGAAGACUGGGACAGAGGUCGAUAUACACCUCGACUAAUCGUCAAGCUGGCCGACAGCAACAGUCAGUCGACCUACCAUCAGAACGAACGAGGAGCCAUCGUGCGCCUCAAGACCCCACCCAGCAUCGAUACGCCAUCCGUCCUAGGAGUACAAUUCCAACGGAAUUACAUAGCAACGAUGUAUCUGUACCCAACAGACCGUUGCAACAGCAUCAAAGCGAGAAUACAUCUCGUGUCGCUAUCGGUUCCGCUGGCCAGAUUAGAACUGCUCUGGCAAAUGACUCUGAACAAUCCUUGAAUUCGAGUGGAAUGAUGGAAACUGGCCGUGUACAGGUUACCGAAGGUCGCGCUGAACGGUACGACCCAAGUUCCCAACCAGCGAGCAAUGCUACCCGUGCCCCAGCUCUUCGACCAGAUAUCCGUAGCGUACCCACCCAGGGCUACGACCUCGCCAUAGACGAACCAAUGUCUUCGAAUUAUGCGAAUAGAUCGUGGAAGUCGCGUGUAUUCCAUCCCUCAAAGCGCAAUGCCACGCCGAAUAACGAUCUUGAUCGAGAGAACACGCGCCAAACGCAUGGAUCGGCUGCCUCGAGCAAGGCUGCCUGGUGGGAGACACGCCUUUUCAGUGGCAUGAUAAAUGACAUACGGCGACGGGCACCGUUCUACUGGAGUGACUGGAAAGAUGCGUGGGACUAUCGCGUUGUGCCUGCGACGAUCUACAUGUACUUCGCAAACAUCCUUCCAGCGCUCGCCUUCUCGCUUGACAUGUUCGAAAAGACGAAUGAAAGCUUUGGCGUCAACGAGGUUCUCCUUGCCUCAGUGCUAGCCUCUGUCGUCUUCUCGCUCGCAGCAGCGCAACCUCUGGUCAUCGUGGGCGUUACUGGACCGAUAACCGUCUUCAACUACACCGUAUACGAUAUCAUCACCCCACGGGGAACGAACUACUUCGCGUUCAUGUGCUGGAUAGGCAUAUGGUCUUUGAUCUUCCACUGGAUACUCGCGAUCACGAACUCCUGCAACGGUUUACGAUACGUUACGCGCUUUUCCUGCGACAUUUUCGGCUUCUACGUCGCGUUCAUAUAUCUACAAAAGGGAAUACAAGUCUUGAUGAGGCAAUGGGCUGUCAACGACGCGUCGGCAUACCUUUCAAUCAUGAUUGCUCUGCUGGUUACUGCGGUCGCAUAUAUUUGUGGCAUUGUUGGACAAUCGUCGCUGCUUCAGCGUCACGUUCGGAAGUUUGUUGAAGAUUACGGUACACCGCUUACCGUUAUCUUCUUCACUGGUUUCGUGCAUAUUGGUAAGAUGGCUGGCAUUGAGUUGCUCAAGCUACCUACCUCGAAGGCGUUUUUUCCAACUACAGAUCGUGGAUGGUUCAUACACUUCUGGGACAUAAGUGUUGGCGACGUGUUCCUGGCUAUCCCGUUUGCCGUACUUUUGACCAUUCUGUUCUGGUUUGAUCACAACGUUUCUAGUCUCAUCGCGCAAGGCACUGAAUUCCCGCUGCGCAAACCGGCAGGUUUCCACUGGGAUAUCUUCCUCCUAGGCAUCACGACUGGGGUUGCAGGACUAUUAGGCAUUCCGUUUCCGAAUGGUCUCAUCCCACAGGCACCAUUCCAUACCACAUCGCUUUGUGUUACACACACUGUAUCCGAUUCGGACGAUGAAGAGAACAAAGGUCAUGCCAAGCGGGUCGUCGACCACGUGGUAGAGCAGCGCGUAUCGAACCUUGCACAAGGCCUCCUUACGCUGGGUACUAUGAGCGGACCUCUUCUCGUCGUUCUGCACCUUAUUCCACAAGCUGUGCUAGCAGGCUUGUUCUUUGUCAUGGGUAUUCAGGCACUAGAAGCAAAUGGCAUCACGCUCAAGCUCAUCUUCCUCCUAAAGGAUAAACAUCUCACAUCCCGAUCCGACCCGUUGACACAAGUCAAACGCCGAUGGGUGAUCUGGGCUUUUGUCGGUCUGGAGCUUGUUGGCUUCGGUGCUACCUUCGCGAUCACUCAGACAAUCGCCGCGAUUGGUUUCCCGGUCUUCAUCUUCCUGUACAUUCCAAUGCGAACGUUCCUGAUGCCGAACUUCUUUACACAAGAAGAAUUGGGUAUUCUUGAUGCGCCAACUGCGAGUCCAUUUACCAUGGAGUCGGUGGGUGGUAAUCACGGGCAGGUGGUGGAACCAAGCCCAAACAAUCAGGUACUCGAGGAGAGCGAAGAGGCUGAAAGAGGUGAAAGGCGCAGUACGGGUGAAGAGAAGAUGGGGGUUGUUGGAGGACCAAGUAGAAGGAGAAACAGUUUGCUGAGGAGAGAUUGA